AUGGCCGCCGCCAUGGAUUUAUCCUCCGACUGUUUGCAACAAAGUCUUUCUAUUCGAUCCCUCUUCUUUGUUAACUUUGGAAUGGGUGUCUUUGUUGUUAUGUUUCACCUGAUUCCUUACCUGUAUUUGAAUGAAAUAAUUGUUAUAUCGUCGCCGUUAUUGGCUGUAAAAUGGUUUUGUAUCUUGCAUAGCGUCCUUCAGGUUGCUACGUACGCCCUCAUCGUGAAGAAACAAAACCCGUCAAACAAGACUGGUUCAAAAAAAUCUCCCUGGAGAAACCUGUGCAAUAAAAUUAAUGGUUUGUUGAAAUAUGGAUUGUUGUAUUUUUCCUCAAUACUACUAUUUCACAUGAUUGCAGUGCUGUAUGGGGCUCCAUUUUCAGAAUCAGUAGAAGAAACGUUUAAACUGUCUACUUUAUUGGCAACUUUAACUACGUUACCAUGUAUGUGUGUUAUUGGACUUGAUGCAGAUAGCUGGGCUCAGCUGUUCACUCAUAACAGACCAGUGGUUGGUAUAGAGAGUUGUUUGCAGCAAACUACAGUAAUGACGUUGGUUGGUGCCUGGUUAGGAGCAUUUCCAAUCCCGUUGGACUGGGAUAGACCAUGGCAG